AUGGUAUCAAACCUUCAAAAAAAUAAGGACAACCGUAGUAAUGUUGGUGCACUUUUCAUAGACCUGUCAAAAGCCUUCGACACAGUCGACCAUACAAUUUUGCUGAGAAAGCUCUUUGCCCUAGGAGUAAGAGGCUCCUCCUUCAAUUGGUUUAGAUCCUAUCUCUUAGAGCGUUUUCAGUACAUCAAAAUAGACGAUUGCACGAGUGAAAGACAACCGGUUACGAUGGGAGUACCACAAGGAAGUGUUCUUGGACCAACCCUAUUUUGCUUAUACGUACAGGACUUUGCAAACCUCUCACUGAAUGGAUAUCCAGUUCUAUUUGCAGAUGACAUAAGCUUGUUGUAUUGCACAAACUCACCUGCAGAGAUCGAGUGGCAAAUGAAUUCUGAUCUUAAAAAGAUUGAGACUUGGAUGAACGCGCAAAAACUAUGUGUAAACGCCCGUAAAACGAAGUAUAUCGUAUGCACCAAAUCCAAUACCCCACUACGAAUUGUGUACCAAGAUGAUGUAGUUGAACGAGUCAGUGAAUUUAAAUAUCUUGGCCUCUGGGUGGACUCAGCGUUAGAUUGGAACUUCCACAUUUCGAAACUAUCGAAAAAACUGUCUUCGCUUGCUGGAGUUUUUGGUCGAAUCCGAUACAGCGUUCCUGAAAAUCUAAAACGAACAAUGUACUUUUCUCUUUUUCAUAGCCAUUUGACCUAUGGAAUCAACAUUUGGGGUACAGCAGUUCAUGGCCUUCUACAAACCUUGCAAGUAGUGCAGAAUAAGGCAUUAAAAAACUUGUUCGGAUUUGAUUGGCUUACAAACACCCGACGGAUUUAUAAACAGCUGCAGAUUUUAAUGGUCAAAGAUGAAAUCGAAAUAAAUAUGAUCCCUGAAAACACUUUGUUUCUUUUUGAGCAAAGUCUACCGAAAGAAAAUGAAAUUCCUACAUGGAAAUCUUUGGAUGAUUUUCUUGCUUCGAGAUACAAGAUACUUGAAUCUGUUGAAGAAGUCAAGCAAUGUCCCCGUAAAGGUGCGAAUCAAUCAUCCAAUUUAAAUUCUAAAAAGGUAAACUCUUUUCAUGUUGAACAAAAGAAUUUCAGUUGUAAGGUAUGCAAUAGCAAUCAUCCCUUGCGUUCAUGCAAGAAAUUUUUGGACAUGGAUGUUUCAUCUCGUCGUAAAGUAGUACAAGUCCAAAAGUACUGCUACAACUGCCUUGCACUCACACAUGCGGUAUAUGAGUGUAAAAGUAAAGUUUCUUGCGACAAGUGCGGUAGAAGGCACCACAGUUUGCUUCACUUUUCCCAACAAAAUCAAUCAUCUCAGGAUACAAGAUCAACUCCUCUAUCUCAAACUCCUCUUGCUACCACCCCCACCCCCAUACAGUCCACUUCGAAAAUAGAACAACAAAAAACGCUGGAUUUAGAAAAGGAUAUAAAUUCUAAUUCGUCUACACUUAAAAGUUUCCUUGUUAACCAGCAAAAGAAUAUUUUACUAGCUACAGCUUUGGUUAAAAUUAAUGUUCAUAAUCAAACCAUUCUUUUGAGAGCUUUAAUCGACCCUGGUUCUGAAGCUACUUAUAUUUUACAAUCCGUAGUGAACCGAUUUAAGCUUUUUACACGGUCAACCAAUGCAUCUAUUUGUGGCAUUGGACAAGUUCAAAGCGAAUUUUCAACGAGUAUGUGUCCUCUCACGCUCGAAUCUCGCAUCAACCCUGAUGUACAUAUACCGGUUUCGGCCGUUGUUUUGAAAAAGCUGACAGGAAAUUUGCCAUCGCAGUCUGUUGACGCAUCAAACUUGGUUGAGCUCAAGGGAUUACGAUUGGCAGAUCCUAACUUUGAUAAACCCGCUUCGAUAGACAUUUUGAUCGGAGCAGAUAUCUACCCUCUUAUUCUACGUGAAGGUGUUAAGAAAGAAAAGGACUUUUCACCAAUUGCUCAAAAUACGGUUUUCGGAUGGGUUCUUUCUGGACCAUGUGAAAGAUUUUGGGAACUCGAAGAAGUUCCAGAAAUAAAACCCUUUUCUAACGAAGAUAAAUUUUGUGAAAAAUUGUAUACGGAUACAACAACUCGCAAUCUAGAUGGCAGCUAUACAGUGAAACUUCCAUUUAAGCCUCACCUAAAUAUAUCGGAUUUAGGUCUUUCCAGAAGUAGUGCAGUUUUACAAUUUCUGCGACAAGAGAAGCGUCUUCUUUGCGAUAUAUCGCUCAGAGAAGAGUAUAACAAAGUUCUGAACGAAUACAUUUCUUUGAAGCACAUGACGCUUAGGUCAAAAGGUGAAUUAAAUCUUUCCACACAGAACUUUUAUUUGCCGCACCAUGCUGUGGUUAAACCGGACAGUGCUUCAACAAAGGUUAGAGUCGUUUUUAACGCAAGUGCUUCUACCAACAAAGGGCAUAGCCUGAACGAUUUUUUGUGUACCGGUCCUGCUCUUCAAAAUGACCUACAAACUAUUUUAUUAAAAUGGCGACAGUAUCCCUAUGUUUUUAAUAGCGAUAUUGAGAAAAUGUAUCGCCAAAUACAUGUUCACCCCGAUCAUCAUAGAUUCCAAAGAAUAAUUUUUCGAUCGUCAAAUUCAGAAUCAGAUUUGGCUGAUUUUGAAAUAAAUAGGGUUACUUUUGGAGUUAACUGUGCUCCAUAUUUGGCAAUCCGAACAUUACAUCAACUUGCCUCUGAUGAAGGAAACCAAUAUCCUUUAGCAAAGGAUAUGGUAUUGUCAGAUUUUUAUGUGGACGACGUUUUUUCUGGAGGGUUCGAUCUAGAUACUGUUGUUCAAGCUCAAACUCAGUUAAAUGCACUUCUUUUGUCCGGAGGGUUUUGCUUGAAAAAAUGGACUGCAAACCACCCUCGCUUGUUGGAAAACAUUCCUAGGGGGGAUGUUUUAGACCAACACUUUCUUAUGUUCGAUGAGAAUUCACAUUCGAAAGUUCUAGGUAUAGGGUGGAAUGCAAGGGAAGAUUGCUUCUAUAUUCGAUGUAAACUAUUUUCUUCAACAACUGUUUUGACUAAACGUGAGCUUUUUUCAAAUAUAGCUAAAAUAUAUGACCCUAUAGGUUGGCUUGCGCCAACAACAAUUUUACUAAAGAUUUUAUUGCAAGAUGUCUGGAAAGACAAAACCGAAUGGGAUGCGCCCAUAAAAUCAACUCGGUUAGAGACAUGGAAAGAUUUUGUGAAAUCCUUUCCUAUAAUAAAGGAUCUCAGAAUCCCAAGAUGGAUCAAUUAUACUCCAGAUAUGUGUGUUGAAAUACACGGAUUUUGCGAUGCAUCUCUAAGUGCAUAUGCUGCUGCUGUCUACUCUAGGAUUUCAGAUUCAUCUGGAAAUGUGUUUAUCAACCUUCUUUGCUCAAAAACAAAAGUGGCUCCCCUAAAAGCCAUUUCCAUACCUCGGCUGGAGCUUUGUGGAGCUGUUUUGCUAACAAGGUUAGUAAACGCUGUACAAAGUAGUCUACGCCUGAAAAACUAUCAUGUUUACCUUUGGACGGAUUCAAUGAUUGUUCUUUAUUGGAUUCGUGACUGCCCAUCUCGACUUGAAACGUUUGUCCGAAACCGGGUCUCUAAAGUACAAACUGAGAGUCCGCCAGGUUGUAUUUGGAAACAUGUUCCUUCUGAACACAAUCCAGCUGACAUCGCUUCCCGCGGUGUAAUGCCUCAGAAUUUAAUAAACAAUGACCAAUGGUGGCAUGGUCCAAGUUGGUUAAAGAAUUCCCAGGAAACUUGGCCAAUAACGAAGAUUCAAAAGGAUCCCAAUUGGAAUCUUGAAAUCAAACAAAUUAAAAGCUUUGUAGUAAAUCAAAACACAAAUGAUGAUAUUUUGAGAAGAUUUUCAUGUUACUCUCGUGCUAUAAAAGUCAUAUCAUAUUUGUUUAGAUUUAUUAACCUAGCUUCUCGCAAAAGAAAAAGGUUUUAUCCUUUCAGAUACUUUUCUAUUAAGUUAACUCAUCAUGAAUUAACUUUUGUGAAAACUCGACUCGUUGUACUAGCACAACGCUUCUAUUUUAGUGAAGAGUUCAACGCUCUAUGUAACUCGAAACCGUUAAGUAAAAAUAGUACAAUUUUAUCGCUUAACCCUACCUUAGACUCUGACCUAAUCAUGAGAGUCAACGGCCGUUUAACUAAUGCAAAUUUGAGUUACAAUGAAAAAUAUCCAAUAAUAUUGCCAUACUCAUGUCCGUUGUCGAAAUUGCUAGUAGGAUUCUUCCAUAAAAUUUCCCUACAUGGAGGGAACCAACAAGUCAUGUACCUAAUGCGAAAGUCAUUUUGGAUUCCAAAACUAAAAAACUUAAUAAAAUCGUUUGCCAAUAGUUGCAUUGUUUGUGUUUUACACAAAAAGGAACUUCAAACCCAAAUUAUGGGAACACUCCCUCCCGAAAGGGUUAACUAUUCCUUUCCAUUCACUCAUGUUGGAUUGGAUUUCGCUGGCCCCUUUGAACUAAAGGUUCAAAAGGGUCGGUUCUAUCAAGCAAUAAAAGGUUAUGCUUGUCUUUUUAUUUGUCUCUGUACAAAAGCUGUACAUUUAGAAGCUGUAGGAAGUCUAUCAACGGAGUCGUUUUUAGCGGCUCUUGAUAGAUUUGUCGGUCGUAGAGGUGUUCCCCAACAACUUUUCUCUGAUAACGGCACCAAUUUUGUUGCUGCUAAUAAAAUAUUAAAAAAGGAGUUGAAAAAAGCCGUAUCAGAAGCUACAUUGGAAGCUGAAAAACUCUAUCUACCAAUGAAUUUGAAGUGGAAUUUCAUUCCACCAGGUUCUCCUCAUAUGGGUGGUCUAUGGGAAGCUGGUAUAAAGUCGUUUAAAACACACUUUAAGAAGGUUGUUGGAAACUCCAGGCUAACGUUUGAAGAGUUUUCCACACUGCUUGUUAAAAUUGAGUCAUGUAUGAACUCCCGCCCUAUUUCUCCGAUUAGUGAGAACCCUUCUGACCCUCUUCCCUUAACACCGGGACAUUUUUUAAAAGGUGCACCCCUGCUCUCCUUACCCGAAAGCCAAGUUGGCGAAAUUUCAAAACUAAGGAAUUGGGAAAGAGUCCAGCAAAUUUUAUACUCUUUUUCAAAACGAUGGAAGGAGGAAUAUUUGACCGAUCUUCAACGAAGAACAAAGUGGAAAUUUCCUAAGCGUAAUAUCAAAGUUGGAGACGUUGUAGUUGUGCGCAACGAAAAUCUACCACCCACUCAAUGGCGACUGGGAAAAAUAGUGGCUGUUCACCCUGGAAAAGAUGGAAAGGUUCGCGUUGCUACCGUUAAAACUCAACAAGGCGAAAUUCUACGCCCUAUAGUUAAAUUAUGUCUCUUGCCUGUCGAUCAGGAAGUGUUCCAGGUGUAUCUUGCUUCACAAAACAAAUAA